AUGAUGAACUUGACGGAUGAAAGUAGUUCUCUAAGCGACACCACAGCGGAGACUUUCAACACGGUGGUGCUGACCACCUUAAACACGUUGACCGUCAUUGACCAAGCAACGUUGACCGUCAUUGACAAGGCAGAACUGACCAUCAUAGACAAGUCAACGCUGACCAUCAUCGACACGCUGUUCUCCUGUGUUCUCGUCAAUGUGCUCGCCGUACUCGGCUCCAUCGGAAACGUCAUCAACGUCAUCGUUUUGUCCCACCACGGCUUCGGCGACAGCACCAACAUCCUCCUUCUCGCCAUGUCGUCUGUUGACCUCGUUUUUCUCGUCACCAGCAUCCCCAAAAGAUUCGUCUGCAUCCUGUCUAAAUUCGACCUCUACCAGUCCCUGGUGUUAAACUCCUACGUGACGACAUCUAUCUGGAUGCCGAAUCGAUUCUGUGGUCUAGUUUCAUCCGGUCUCGUCACGUUUAUUUCCCUUGAACGAUUCAUCGCUGUACAUUUUCCCUUGCGUGUCUCGAGAAUCAUCACACCCGGAAGGACGCUAUCCGCUGUGGUUUCCUUGUUUCUAUUUUGGGCUUUGUUAUCGGGGCCGUUCUUCGCGCUGUACAGCAUCGAAUGGAUGCAAGACCCCGCGUCGAACUUGACGCUACCUACUAUAGUUUUAGCUGACUUCAUCAGCAAAGACCCUGAAAGUUUCAACAUACUAAACGUCACGCUAGCCGUUAUCAGAGGUCCGGUAUCCGUGUCCCUCAUCAUCAUCAGCUCUCUCGCCAUUUCUUUCCGACUCUACAUAACGACAAGAAAAAUGUCAAAAGGUCAAAGUUUACCCCGCAGCAACCGUGACGUCAGAGUCGUCAAAAUGCUAUUGGUUGUGACGUCAGUUUAUGCCGUCAUCGGGAUUCCACUAUCAGUUCCUUAUAUCAUGUACUACGUGUACCCCGAGAGUUCAAUCAACCCUGAUGGCACGUUGAAGAAUAUCGCCAUUUUGUUAGAGAUCGUCAACGAUCUGUUGUACGUCGUCAACGCUUCCAUCAAUUUCGUCAUCUACGUGACGAUGAGUAAAAAAUUCUACAACACCUACAGGCGUAAAUUUGUCCGGUGCAGGUGUGUUUGGGUGUUUAAACAACUCGUUCCGAUGGACGUGUUGUGA